AGUCUUAUGGAACUGUGUUUGCCUGAAUCACAGGAUAUGAUUACUUCUUCCUUCUCCUCCAUUUUUGUGGCUCAGGAGCCUGCUCUACCCUGUUGUGACUGUAAGAAGGCAAAACAUUCUACUGACCACAGCAUCUCUUCUGGAUCAUCAUGCAACAACUCCAGGCUGUCUCACCGUUCUGUUUUUUCUGAAAGAACAACCUGGCAAUUCCGGAGACAUAGUUUACCUAUUUUCCCCCAAAAGCAACCUUCUGUGUUCAGGAACCUAGGCACAUCCCUGCCUCCUUUUCAACUCUCAGAGCUUGAGAAGUCAAAACUAUCUCAGAAUUUGGCAACUCUUUCACUCUUAAGACCUCAAAGCUCUUUUAUCAACUCUGUUUUUGAAUCCCCAGAUCUCUGCAAACAACAAGGGAAAACAAAAGAUGAGAGAAGGAGCAAGAGUCAUUUGACAUCAGAUCAUGGGCCAAAUUCUAUUUUCAAGGAGAGACCGCAGUUCCCAGAGAGGGCUCCAAUCCAGCUCUCUCCUUUGGCUAGGUUGGAGUUAGAGGGACAUAUGGCUUGGAAGGUUUGUACUUUGCAGGAACAAACAGUUCCUCCGCCUGUGAGGGAAUCAUGGGCAAUGCUGAAUUAUUUAAUUGAGGUACAAGGAAGAGUCCCUGAACCAGAGAAACCCCAAAUCCAGUUAUCUAUGCCCAUUCAUCAACGCACUGAGCAAAAUAUCAACAAUAAAUCCCCAGGCUUUCCAUCAUUUCAGCUUCAUGUGGACACUGGAGUGGAAUCUGGAUUAAAUAGAACAGAAACAAAAAUUUCACAGUCAGUUAACCCAGGUAAGCAGUCACAACCUGGGGAUGGCCCCCAAAUCCUUGGAUCCAGGCCCUCAGUUACACCAAUGGGCACUCCACCUCCCAAAAGUUUAGGAGUUGACAAAAUUCAAAAGGAAACCACUUUACUGCAAAAGGACCCAAAACAUGUGCUAGAGCUUAGUAUAGAGCAGAGGGUCAUAGGUCUUCCAGAAAAAAGGGUACAGCAGCAUAAGACCCAAGUGACUAAUGUGGAAUUAACCCCAAGGGUACCAUAUCAAGUCACAGAUAGCAUAAAAAUAACUCCAUUGGCAUUACUUCAAGUCAUGGAUUCAAUGGGGAUGAUCCCAGAAUCACAUACAGAAGUGAUAGAAUCUAUAGGUUUGUUCCCAUGGUCACCAAAUGAAGUUGUGAAACCAAUGGAAGCCAUGGAAACAGUGAGUGUAAGCCCCAAACCACCAAAUCAAGUUAUUGAAUCAGUGGAGGUAACCCCAAGACCUCAGCAUCAAAUUAUGAAAUCAAAGAAGAUGACCUCAAGAUCACCGAAUCAAGUCACAGAUAAUGUGAAGGUAACUCCUGUGGGAUUACUUCAAGUCAUGGAUUCUAUGGGGAUGAUUAAAAAAUCACAUCCACACAUCACAGAGUCAGUGGGAAUGACCCCAAGGCCACAAUCUCAAGUCAUGGAGUCAGUGAAAAUGAAGACAUUGUUGGGCCAUCAAGUCAUACAACGAGAAAAGAUGAGUCCAAGGCCACAACGUGCAGUCAUGGAAACUAUAACACCAGGGCCACAGCACAAAGUUAUGCAAUCAGCGGGCACAACCUCAAGGCCACAAAGUCAAGUCAUAGAUCCACUGAAGAUUACUCCAGGGCCAAUAAGCCAAAACACAAAAUCAUUGGAAAUUAUCUCCAGGCCAUUGCAUCAAGUCAUGGAUUACAUGAAAGUAACUCCAGUGGCACUAUUACAAACCAUGGAUUGCAUGGGAAUAAUUCCACCAGCACAUGUUAUAGAAUCUGGGGGUUUGAUCCAAAAUGCACAGUCUCAAAUUGCAAAUUUAACCCCAAGGGCAACUCAACCAGAUGGUAAUCCCAAUAUCAGUGGAGUUACCCAUGGGAAUGACCACAGCACCACAGUCACAAGUUGUAGAAACUCAAGAUUUGACCCCAAGGCCAAUAUCUCAAGUCAAAGAAUCUCUGGAGUUGUCAACUCCUGGGUCAUGGAUUCAAAUGCUAGGCUCUGUAGGGAUGACUCCACAACCACAUCAUCAAGGCACAGAAUCUAUGGCAUUAACCCCAGGGCCACCUCAUCAAGUCAUGGAAUCUUCAAGGUUGACCUCAUGGCAUCAAACCCUGGAAUAUUCAGAGAUGAGCCCAAGGCAAAGCCAUCAAGUUAUAGAAACUAUGGGAUUGACCUCUGA